AGGGUGAUACUGCACAGAUGGAGCACGUGUUUCAUUGCAGCGGCAGGUUUGAGAGAGACGAAGCUGGAUUCUAUUGAUUUUUUGAGAUUUUGUUGAACCAAUCGUUCUUUAUGAACCAAGUUUCAUGUUUAUCUUGAACAAACUUGACUUCUUACAAUGAAAACUGAAUCUUCACAGAUUCCUCCAGCUGCUUGCUCACAGCAUUUGGGACACGUGCAGGCGAGCACUUCUAACACUUUAUGUGAAGGCACGUCCAUCUUUGUGGAUCAACAAAUUGGAGGAAUGCUGGAGAAGACUCUAAAAGUAGAACCUAAAAACCACUCCCUAAACAGUCUUGUGGACUAUUGCAGUUCCUUCUUCAUCAACAGACGCAAAACACAGUUCUGUCACCCAGGGCUAGAUGUUCCCAAUCCUGGUAUUCCUGAUGCAGGCCUGGAAGUAUUUAAUGAGGGACAGACCGUUCCAGCUGAUGGACACUUUGAGGAAGUGAAACACACAACUAUGACGAAAACUAUGACGAGUCCCUUCUGUUGGGUGAGUCAAGUCAAAGUACACAAGCAGCCGAAAAAGCUGUUUCACUGCUCGCAGUGUGGAAGGAGUUUUAAGCAAAAGACUGCUUUAAAACACCACCAGCUCAUUCACACAGGAGAGAAGCCAUAUCACUGCUCUCAGUGUGGGAUGAACUUUUCGCAGUCAAAUAGUCUCAAACGUCACCAGCUCAUUCACACAGGAGAGAAGCCUUAUCACUGCUCACAGUGUGGGAUGGAUUUUAGGCGUCCGACGGCUCUCAAAAGUCACCAGCAAAUUCACACAGGAGAGAAGCCAUAUCACUGCUCGGAGUGUGGGAAAGGUUUUGCGUCCUCAAUGUUUCUCAAACAACACCAGAACCUUCACACAGGAGUGAAGCCAUAUCACUGCUCAGAAUGUGGGAAGAGCUUUGCUUAUAACACUAGUUUCCUUGUACAUACACGUGUUCACACUGGAGAGAAGCCGUAUCAGUGCUCGGAGUGUGGAAAGGGCUUUGCCAGUUUGGGUAAUUUACAAAGACACAAGAUCGUUCACACAGGACAAAAGCCAUAUUACUGUUCACAGUGUGGGAAGUGUUUUACCCAGUCAAGUGCUCUAAAAACACACCAGCGCAUUCACACAGGGGAGAGUGGACAAAAGAGCUAAUAAAGACAACCGCAAGUCAUCAGCUUCUGUAGCAUGAUUUCCUCCGGAUCCACUGUGACACUGACCUGUUACUGAAGAAAUAAAGGACACAAUAUAAUUAUGGUCCACAUGGACUGGGCCAAGCAGAAAUAUGCUCUAUAUUUGUGUUGUCAUAAAAAUUUGUUGUUUGUUUACACCGGUGUAAAAGUUGUUCAGGGAUAAUGUAGCUGUUUAAAGGUCUUAUGUGACACACACACUCUCAGGUAAUACACACGCACUCUCAUGUAAUACACACACUCUCAGGUAAUACACACGCACUCUCAUGUAAUACACACACUCUCAGGUAAUACACACGCACUCUCAUGUAAUACACACACUCUCAGGUAAUACGCACUCUCAUGUAAUACACACACUCUCAGGUAAUACACACGCACUCUCAUGUAAUACACACACUCUCAGGUAAUACACACGCACUCUCAUGUAAUACACACACUCUCAGGUAAUACACACGCACUCUCAUGUAAUACACACACUCUCAGGUAAUACACACGCACUCUCAUGUAAUACACACACUCUCAGGUAAUACACACACACUCUCAGGUAAUACACACGCACUCUCAUGUAAUACACACACUCAGGUAAUACACACGCACUCUCAGGUAAUGCACACGCACUCUCAUGUAAUACACACACUCUCAGGUAAUACACACGCACUCUCAGGUAAUACACACGCGCACUCAGGUAAUGCACACGCACUCUCAGGUAAUACACACGCACUCUCAUGUAAUACACACACUCUCAGGUAAUACACACGCACUCUCAGGUAAUGCACACGCACUCUCAGGUAAUACACACGCACUCUCAUGUAAUACACACACUCUCAGGUAAUACACACGCACUCUCAGGUAAUACACACGCGCACUCAGGUAAUACACACGCACUCUCAUGUAAUACACACGCACUCUCAUGUAAUACACAUGCACUCUCAGGUAAUACACACACACUCUCAGGUAAUACACACACUCAGGUAAUACACACGCACACACUCUCAGGUAAUACACACACACACACACUCUCUCAGGUAAUACACACACACACACACACACACACACACUCUCAGGUAAUACAUGGUAAUAAGACUAUUACUUCCCACACACACACAUACACACGCACCUAGUUAAAGGGUCAGUGUUCUCUUUGUUUGUAUAGGUUUGGGUCAUAAAAAAAUCUCAUUUAUUUAUACAGGUGUGUGUUAAAUGUUGAAGAAAGUUCUAGAUGUUUUUAAAAAAGUCUUAUGUGACAA